GCAAACGACGCCGUACCAGCCUGAUUAUAAUCGAACGCCUCCUCUGUUUCCCUGUGUAGUCUUCCAUUUUGGUCUGAGCUCGAGAAAUGGCUUUGCGCCUAGGAAUGCUCAGGUCCGGCAGAGACCACUUGGCCUCCAUUUUCGGCUUUCGGAGGUCGACCCACAUCGCAGCCAUGCCUCCGCCGUCGUUGUUUGGGUCUGUUCAGAACCGAAUCGCUUCCCCACAUUUUGUUCUGCCGGAAUUCGAUCGGGAGGCAGACACCGGUUUCGGGUUCCCAAGUAUCUCCUUCGGUGGUUCCAUGGAGCUCAUGGCUGUCCCCAAGAGGAAGACUUCUCCCCACAAGAGAGGCAUAAGGAAUGGCCCAAAGGCUUUGAAACCUGUUCGGGUUAUAAUCCGAUGCAAAGAAUGGGAAUUUGGUGGACUACUUCCUUAACUUGGCUAAAAGGAAAAAGAUUUUGUUAGGCCGGUACUCUUUUGCAACUGAUGUCGGUAAUUAAUUGAAGGCAUGCAUUUGGUGACCAGUUGAAAUAAUUCAAGUCAUCUAGUUUAUGUCAAUGGACUUAGCAGGGCGGUAGAGCAUUGGGCUUGAGGCUUUUGAGCGGACAUACGUUAAGAGAUCAUUGUGAAGUUGGAAACUUUAGAUGUGAUUUAGUACUAAGGAUCAAAUACUUCAUUCUUUGCCCAAAAAAUGUGAUAAUGCGUGUCUUUUAUUGUUCUUUCAUGUUGAGUACACCGAUAUCCCAGCAUAUAGUAUAAAUGUUUGUCAUAUUAUUAUACUAUUUCAUGCUUAAUUGCUUGAAAAUGAGAACCUUCAGAUACUGAUGCACAAUGGAUCAUUUUGAUGUCCAA